AUGGGACGCGAGCCGCGGGGGAACGGCGCGCGCGAGGGCGCGCGCGAGGACGACGGCGAGGACGGGCGCGGCGGGGGGGGGUGGGAAACGAUGGGGAGUGGGUACGAGGAUAAACCGUUGGUCGACGCGAGGGCGGAGACGGCGCGGUUGACGCCGAGAGUGCGUCGAGAGUUUCACGACGAUUACUGGACGGUGAGCCACCUGAAGCUGUUGUACUUGGUGUCGAAGUAUUCGCACCGCGCGCAGUCGGCGUACGAGAAGGAGGUGUGGGUGCGGAAGUUGCCGCUGUUGGUGUUGAUUUAUGAGGGGAUCGUGCAGAAGGUGUUCGAGUACGAUUACGCGCCGGAGUCGACGGUGGUGAAGAAUACGCGCUUGUACUUGAACGUGUCGCAGGAGGGGGUGGACGAUUUGGACGAUUUGAUCGAGGGAGAGCUCAUUCGUGGGUUGAGGCUGAGCAGUGCGGAACAUCAGAGCGUUUUGGCGUUUCAGAUCACCGCCGCUGGGUUGGCGCUCGUGAGUAAGCGCAUGAGCGAAGAGGAUCGACAGUUGGUGGACGAGCUGUGCGUCGCCGACGGGAAACUUUUGCAAGUGGUGUGGGAAGAUGAGACCUUUUACUUGAGAAAUGAAACGAUUUCGUUCGAAUCGACAAUAACUGAUGUAGAAGACGUGUCGUACGUCGUAUCACCGUAUCUUCCGUUGGCUUUACGGCGUGUAGGUGGUCCCGUGACGUCGUCAAAUUCGCACCGAGCGUCGGAGAGCGCGGCUAAAGACAGCACGAUUCGCGAUGAUUUGGACGAGGUCAUGACGGUAUCCAACGUGACAAUCUUAGUUGGUGAAUGGAUUCCGUUCGGAGUGAAUCAAAUCGUCAAGUUGAACAUGAAGCUGGGAUCAAACGACAGAUGUCAGGGCGGAUUCUUCACCCCCACGGUGGAUACGGACUCGACCAACGCAACGUGUGAGAUCCCAGCUGGUUUGACAAAUGUAAGCAUUUUGGACCAUGAUAUGACGACGUUCACCAACAUUGAGGCUCAAGUACACUUCCCUGAGGACGAUGGUAUCGUGCAAGUCGAGCACUUUGGCAUUCACUUGCGCAAAGACGGCACCAUUGUGCACGGUUUGAUGAUUGAAUCAGUCAUGGAUCGAAUUUUGGACAAUAUCUCGCUCGAUAACUUGGCGCGCUUACUCGUGGACGUGCAUAUGGACUCAAGUACGAUUUUAGAUUCGCUAUUGAGCGAUCAUCAGCGUGAUUUGCUCCAAACUGUUUUCCUCGGUAACGCCGAACGACGAGACAAAAUUAACAUCAUCAUCGCCGAGCGCAUUGCCCCGCAACAGGCUGCGGACAUGUACAUGGAUAAGGACGCGUUCGAAAACGAGUUAAGACAAGUAUUAGGUGAUACGCACGAAGCGUACGAUUUGAGCGACCGUGAUGUCGUCAUCACCGGUUCUCACGGCAUCUUACUCACGGGCCCAAACGCCAAGGCGCAGGAACCAGUGAUGUUGAUGUACCUGUCCAUCAUGUCCAGAGAUGUCUUCGUGCACAACGUAUUCAACAGAAUAUUUAUGACGGAUGACAUUCUCAAGCUCGUCCGGCAGAUGAUUAAAAAUCACGAGGAAGAUCCGAACAGUGUUGCGAAUAUUCGUCACACUCUCGCUGAGACUUCGCGCGACAUCAUUUUGCUCGAGGAAAUCCUGGUGUACUUGAAGGAAUCAAUCGAACAAGACGAGAGUAUUCACACCAUUCCAGAUACUGAAAGCGGAAGAAGACUUUAUGAAAUCCUUGGCCUGAAAGUUAUGCUCGCUGAUCUCACGGUUCGUGUGGCGGAUAUGCGGAAAAUCCUCGAGGCGGCGCGCAAAGAAAUCGAUGGGUUACGAAUCAUGGUGGACACAGUAGCCGAGUCGCAGGCGUUGCGCGUGCACGAAGACAUUCGCGGUAGUAGUGGAGAGAUGCUGGUGCAAAUCAAGUCGAACAGCAAACAAGGGACAAGCUUAUACACCAUGCAGUUCAUUUUCGCGGGUAUGCUUGCGUUUGAGUUGCUCGACAGACUCACUGGCGAAUGGAGCGUCGUGCACACAGAGUGGGCUCGAUCGUACAUUGUUGAUCCGUUUAUGAACAAACCACUGGUCUGGUUCAUUCUUAGCAUGUGUACGUGGGUCGGGGUUGCGUUUGGCGUGUAUUAUUUAACGAGGGCGAUCGAUGACAAGUCUGCGGGAGCAAUUUCAUAUCGCAUCAAGGUGAACAAACCAAUGAAUCUCGACGCUCUCGACGAGUAUUUGGCGUUCAAAGCUAUCAUUGGCGAAGAUGGUGUCGCGAAUGGUGAUACCACAAUUCAGCGCGUCAGGUGGCAAGAGGAAGAUAUCACGCGUUGGGAAGGAUACCUCCCCAUCAUUGAACUCGUGUACGACGUCAAGCAUGGAUUUCUGCUCGAUGUGCAUCUCACGAUAACCAGACGAGCAUCAGUACCGGCAAAGCUUCGUCCAGAGACGUUGAAGAUUAGAUUUUUCACCGAAUUGCAAGAAGCGGCGGUGCUAACGCCAGAAGACGCGGCGACAAUCAUUGAUAAUACGCGCCGAAUGCGUGCCAAGGUCGACAAGCAAGCCAUCGGACUUCCUAUCGACCAAGCGGUGUCUCUCAAGGUGAAGGUUCCAAAUGAGCGUUACUAUCGCGAGAUUCCUUUCGGUCGACAGACGUACCUUGAACUACGAGAAGAGAUUGCGCUCAAAUUCAGAGUUAAGCCCGUGCAAGUGCUUCAGAUUUUCAAGGUACCGGACACCUUGAUUGCGGACGACGACGACGUGGCAAGAAUCGCGCCCGACUCCAUCCUCGAGGUUCUACUGAAAGCGUCCUAA